AACGAGGCGGCCAUGGAAAGUAACGAGAUACUUGAUUCUUAGAAAGAUUUGUAGGGGGCCAGGCGCGGUGGCUCACACCUGUAAUCCCAGCACUUUGGGAGGCCAAGGCGGGCGGAUCAAGAGAUCAGGAGUUCAAGACCAGCCUGGCCAACAUGGUGAAACACCGUCUCUACUAAAAAUACAAAAAAAAAAAAAAAAUUAGCCAGGCAUGGUGGCGCAUUCCUGUAAUCCCAGCUACUCGGGAGGCUGAGGCAGGAGAACUGCUUGAACUGGGAACCGGGAGGCGGAGCUUGCAGUGAGCUGAGAUCGCGCCACUGCGACAGAGCGAGACUCCGUCUCAAAAAAGAGAUUUGUAAGGGACGAGCCUGGAAGCAGGGAAUCAGUCAGGAUCCGAGUCACCCUGGAGCCCAGGCAGAGAUCAGCGAAAGCCCUCGCUGAUGCAGAGGUCUGGAAGGCGUGGGGCUCCGGGAGGCUGAGCAGCUGGACUCCGCAUGACCAGAGGUCGUGAGGCCGUUCCGCAGGCUUGGGACGCUCCUGACCCUCAGAAUCAAGCGCGAGCCACUGCAUUAGCAUGGGAGAAAUGGCAGAGAUAGGGCUUGAGGGAGGGAUGCCCGAGAUUAAAGGUAUUAAAGGUAAAUUGGUGUCGCGGCAAAACCAGCGUGGGAGCCAGGAAACGAGAGUUUCAGUCUUUCUUCGCUAAUUCCAGAGAUAGCUGCAUAUCACAGGAGGAGAAGCGACGCAGCCAUUUUUCUUCGUUAUUAUCAAAUUUGGCUGCUGCCGGACGCCGUAGAUUUGUGGCUCACCAACCCUUAGCCCACCUCUCCGUGGCUUUUCACUAAGUUUGAACCCGACCCCUCGCCGUAGAGUGUGUAAUUUCUGUCUCCGAAGCUGACGUCAACUUCUGAACGAAAGCUAGGAGCGGAAGAGCAUGCGUGGAAAUGGCGCUCGUCUCACAGAAAGUUCUCCGCUCCCAGACAUGGGUCCCUCGGCUUCCUGCCUCGGAAGCGCAGCAGCAGGCAUCGUGGGAAGGUGAAGAGCUUCCCUAAGGAUGACCCGUCCAAGCCGGUCCACCUCACAGCCUUCCUGGGAUACAAGGCUGGCAUGACUCACAUCGUGCGGGAAGUCGACAGGCCAGGAUCCAAGGUGAACAAGAAGGAGGUGGUGGAGGCUGUGACCAUUGUAGAGACACCACCCAUGGUGGUUGUGGGCAUUGUGGGCUACGUGGAAACCCCUCGAGGCCUCCGGACCUUCAAGACUGUCUUUGCUGAGCACAUCAGUGAUGAAUGCAAGAGGCGUUUCUAUAAGAAUUGGCAUAAAUCUAAGAAGAAGGCCUUUACCAAGUACUGCAAGAAAUGGCAGGAUGAGGAUGGCAAGAAGCAGCUGGAGAAGGACUUCAGCAGCAUGAAGAAGUACUGCCAAGUCAUCCGUGUCAUUGCCCACACCCAGAUGCGCCUGCUUCCUCUGCGCCAGAAGAAGGCCCACCUGAUGGAGAUCCAGGUGAACGGAGGCACUGUGGCCGAGAAGCUGGACUGGGCCCGCGAGAGGCUCGAGCAGCAGGUACCUGUGAACCAAGUGUUUGGGCAGGAUGAGAUGAUCGACGUCAUCGGGGUGACCAAGGGCAAAGGCUACAAAGGGGUCACCAGUCGUUGGCACACCAAGAAGCUGCCCCGCAAGACCCACCGAGGCCUGCGCAAGGUGGCCUGUAUUGGGGCAUGGCAUCCUGCUCGUGUAGCCUUCUCUGUGGCACGCGCUGGGCAGAAAGGCUACCAUCACCGCACUGAGAUCAACAAGAAGAUCUAUAAGAUUGGCCAGGGCUACCUUAUCAAGGACGGCAAGCUGAUCAAGAACAAUGCCUCCACUGACUAUGACCUAUCUGACAAGAGCAUCAACCCUCUGGGUGGCUUUGUCCACUAUGGUGAAGUGACCAAUGACUUUGUCAUGCUGAAAGGCUGUGUGGUGGGAACCAAGAAGCGGGUGCUCACCCUCCGCAAGUCCUUGCUGGUGCAGACGAAGCGGCGGGCUCUGGAGAAGAUUGACCUUAAGUUCAUUGACACCACCUCCAAGUUUGGCCAUGGCCGCUUCCAGACCAUGGAGGAGAAGAAAGCAUUCAUGGGACCACUCAAGAAAGACCGAAUUGCAAAGGAAGAAGGAGCUUAAUGCCAGGAACAGAUUUUGCAGUUGGUGGGGUCUCAAUAAAAGUUAUUUUCCACUGA